GUUUAAAACAAGGAAGUGAACCCCGAAGUUGACAAUAGACUUGAAGGGAUAAAAUGUCACAGGGAAACCAGCGAAGAAAUAAACCAAGGGCAUCAAAUAGCGGUUCUUUACUGCUUGAUAAUUCAGAAAAUGAACAAUUAUUCGGAUUGUUGGGCAGAGGAUGUGUGUCCUUGGCUACUGGUGUUGUCCAGUUGUACACGGCAGACCCUCCGGCGCGGACACGAUGGACAAAACGCUUUUGUGGUGUAGCAUGUUUUAUCAAGGACAACCCCAACCGCUCUUACUUCAUCAGGGUGUUUGACGUCAAGAAGGGCCAGACGAUUUGGGAGCAGGAGAUCUAUAACCAAUUCCGGUACAAGGCACCUAGGGAGUACUUCCAUACAUUCGAGGCAGAAGAGGUACAGGCUGGCCUAAACUUCGCAAGUGAAGAUGAAGCAUUUAAAUUCAAAAGUGCUAUUGAGCAGAAGCUCAUGGAACGCCAUCAGAGGAGACUUGAUAAAAAGAAAAAUCAGCAAGGAAGUGUUCAUAAUAACAACAACCAGAAUCAGGGAGGGGUAUCCUCACCUCCAUCCAUCAACAACUCUGGCCCCCCACUGUCGUCUGUAGAUGUUAACUUGAACAAGACAAGUGGAAAGGACACCAUUUCUAAGGCCAGCAAGGGUAAGACCAAAGAAAAGGACAAGAAGAAGAAGCUGACCAAGGAGGACAUUAGUACGCCCACAGACUUCAGGCACGUCAGCCAUGUUGGCUGGGAUCCUAACAAAGGAUUUGAUAUGAACAACCUUGACCCUGACAUGAAGGGGCUGUUUGAGAGUGUGGGUAUAGAUGAAAAUGAGGUGGUGGAUAAGGAGACUGUAGAUUUCAUCUACGACUUUGUGGAGCAGCAUGGAGGUAUAGACGCAGUGAAGGCUGAGAUGGCAUCGAGACCUCCGCCAAUCUUCCCUUCAGCAGCUCCACCUGCAGUGCCACCCCAGCGUACAGCAAAUCGGGCCCCACCUCCACCUUCUCGACCUGGCCCUGCUGCACCCCCUCCCCCUUCAAGAGCCCACCAGGCACCUCCCCCACCCCCUCCUAACCGAGGUCCCCGGAACCUUGGAGCUCCCCCUCCCCCUCCUCCUCAAAGUGCACCAGGCAGUCAUCCUCCCCCUCCACCUAUGAAACCAUCUAUGGGACCACCUCCACCCCCUCCCUCAAAUAGUGGAUUCCCUCCCCCACCACCUCCUUCAAGUGGUGGCCCACCUCCCCCACCCCCUCCUCCCCCACCCCCGGCAGCUCCUGCUGCGCCUCCCCCUCCCCCUAUGACGGGUGGUCCAGGGGUUCCUACACCAUCUUCUGUAGGUGGUGAUUCAGCUCGUAGUGCUCUAUUGGACCAGAUCCAGAAGGGCAGAAGUUUGAAGAACGUCUCCGUUGACGACAAGCCAGCAGCACCCAGUGAUGCCAGGGGAGACCUGCUUAGUGCUAUUCGUUCAGGCAAAAACCUCAAACAUGUUGAUCCCACGGAUGAGAAACCUGCACCUCAGCAGGAGUCAGCAGGAGGCAUAGUGGGCGCACUGGCUCGGGCUCUAGCCAAUAGGCAGAAACAUAUACAGGGCUCAGAUGAUGACGAUGACGAUGAUGAAGAUGAUGUAGAUGAUGAUGAUGACUGGGAUGAUUAAAUGACUGUGCAACUUUGUGAACAAAUUGGCUUCCUUCUAUUGCCAAAAUGCAUUACCACAAAAUCCUUGCACUGAGUAACCCCUGUUGGGAAAACCUGUCUUGUCCUUAUCUGUCGUAUAUUAUUGUUUUCAUUUUUAGUGAUAUUUAUGUUCCGCUGUGCUAAUCUUCAGUUACUUAGUUAUUGCUACCUAGAAAACAGUACAUUAAAUCAAAAAUAUCAGUUCAUAUUGUGCAUCAGAUGUACCACCAGUAAGAUUCAACCUGAUUGGGACUAGAUAUAAACUAUAAUCAGAUGGUGACUAAAUAAGGAAGGUAGAGCCAACGUCAGUUCAGGUGGGUGGGUCCUUCAGCGGGGUGCUUCACUUGAACUUGGAUACACAAGGUAUGCAGGGCGAUUAACAGAGUAUAUAAAUAUAAAGAGGGGGGAGGUUAACCGCAACAAGGACAAGUGUCCCCAGGUAAGUGGGUUACUUAUAAUUUAUUUGUCGACUAGUUUCGCCUCUAUAUGCGAGGCUUCAUCAGGACAGAUGGUGACUAGAUAUAAAUUCUAUAACCUGAUGUUGACUUGAUAUAAAUUCUAUAUAACCUGAUGGUGACUACAUAUGGAUUCUUUAACCUGAUGUUGACUAGAUAUAAAUUCUAUAUAACCUGAUGGUGACUACAUAUGAAUUCUUUAACCUAAUGUUGACUAGAUAUAAAUUAUAUAACCUGAUGGUGACUACAUAUGAAUUCUUUAACCUGAUGUUGACUAGAUAUAAAUUCUAUAACCUGAUGUUGACUAGAUAUAAAUUCUAUAACCUGAUGUUGGCAAUAUAUAAAUUCUGUAACUGAUGUUGACUAGAUAUAAAGUCUAUAACCUGAUAGUGACUGGAUAUAAAUUCUAUAACCUGACGAUGGACAUACAAGAAUGUUAUAAAUGUUUUCACUCUAAGUUUUUGAAAUCUUUAGUCACUGUUAAGUUGAAUCCUAUUUCUGGUACAUUUGAUACACUGUAUGACUAGAUACAAACAUUUUAUUUGUAUCUAAAGAUGAACAAACACAGUUUUCAUUUAUGUAAUUACAUAGAAGGUUCAUGUUCAAAAAUAAUGUUUUGUACUAAAUUUGUAGUAUAAAGAGGACUAGUUCAUGAAAAUUUGAGAAAAAAGUGAGAUAAUUACCAUGCUGCCUAACUUUGAUACAUGUAUAUUCUCUUACCUUGGGAUAUUCUGACAGAUAAAUGUCAACUGUUUAAGGCAAUAAGCCCUAUUGAUAACUGGUAAAGAACGUGAGUUUUAAAAUCAAUUCACACAUGAAAGAUGGAGAAAUUAAUUCUAGAGCUUUCACUCUCUAUGGAAGCAACAUUACAGUGUUUUCUCUAUUGAUAUACAUUCCACACUACUCACAUAUCAUGUGACCUUACUGCCAUUUACAUAAUGAGUGUUUCCGGACUGUGUGUAUUAGGUAGGCCUGCUGUUUACUAAUGAUGUCCUAUGAAGCUUUGAUCAUAUUCAUUUAAUGUUCAAUUCCUGUGAAUGUUUAUUUUUGCUCAACCUGGCAGAUAUUUAUUUCUAAAUAUGAAUUAAUAAAGUCUAUUCCAUAUUGUA